AGAUUUGCAUUUGUUUUCUGUCAAAAGAUUAACAUAGUAUUUAACAUCACUUAGCAUAUCCAUAUUAUGUUAAAUUAACACAAAAAUUUGUGUGGACCGUUUGGAAUAUGUGAUAUCUUAAAUGUGUUAAAUUUGACACAAAUUGUUCAACCGUGCAACUUUAUUUCGCGAACACGCAGUUCACACUGGCACAUACGCGCAUCGUAUAAACGCAUCGAACUCGCAAAUUGUUCGGGCGAUUAGAAUACACUAUUUCCGUGUAAGAGUCGAUCGUGGAACCAAUGGUUGUGAUGAAAAGCUGCGAUGAAAAGGGUUUCAGUGCGUGAGAAUAAUUGCACACUAUGCCAUAAUGGUAUAAUUACGGUCGUCCAUCCUGCAACACAAGGAAUCGUUAAUGCCUCGAUACUUCGCAUGGUGGCGAGUAUACGCAAAGCAAAGCAAGUGUCGUGGAUGUAGCUCGCAUUCCUAGUAAUUCUAAGAAUGACCGAGCGAAAGGACAUUUUGCAAAGUCGGUAUUACGCGAUUCCUAGAUUAUACAUGACCUUAGCAGGACUAUGGCCGUACCAGUCGAUUCGCAAUAGAUAUCUGCGUUUUGUACCAACGUUUACAAUCUGUUCAAUUGUUCUAAUACCCAUGCUACUGUAUGUAAACAUCGCCAUGACGGAUCUCGACGAUUUGUUUGAGUGCAUGCCAACGAUACUAAUCACGAUAAUAUUCAGUUUUAAAUUAGCGAGCUUGAUGGCAAACAGUGAGAAAAUAAAAGCCUGUCUUAAGACGAUAGAAAACGAUUGGUUGUCAUUAAAUACGGAUAGCGAGAGGGCUAUUUUGCAACGGCAUACCACAUACGGGCAGUACCUGACGAUAUUUUAUGCAGUCUUUAUGGUGACAACGGGAUUACUCUACAUGCUCAAGUCGAUCGUGUUAAUAAUGAUAGAGGAUACUUCGAACUCGACCAGACUGGCCGUAACAAAACUACCCUUUCGCGUGGAAUACGGUUACAGAAUAGAUCAGUACUUCUAUCCGAUACUAAUUCAUUGUUAUCUAACUGUAUACUCUCACGUAACCGCCACGGUCGCUGCUGACUCCUUCUAUUUCGCUCUGAUCCAACACGCCUGCGGGAUGUUCUCUGUUGUCGGACACAUGCUGGAACAUAUUGGCGAGGAUAUCGAUGCAAAUUUUAAUCAAAAACCCGACAAGAUAGACGACAAAAAUUACAACAAAGCUCUUAAUUGCUUACGCAAGCACCUGCAUGUAAUAGAAUUCGCAGAACUAAUCGAGUCUACAUUUACACGAAUAUUUCUGGUCAGCGUUAGUUUAAAUAUGAUUGGUGGCAGUAUAUGUGGUAUUCAGGUGUUGAUGAAUCUAAACGAUGCGAAAGAUAUAAUAGCACCCCUAGCUAUCUAUGUUGCUCAACUCACCCAUCUUUUCUUCCAAUUUUGGCAGGCUCAAUUUUUAUUGGAUUACAGCGCCGCCCCGUACGAGUCGAUUUGCAGGGCAAAUUGGUAUUACACUUCGGAAAGAUGUAAAAAACUUUUGCUUCUAAUUAUGAGUAGAACCGUAUCACCAUGCAGAAUAACUGCUGGCAAAGUGGCGACUCUGUCCAUUGAAAGUUUCGGCGUAGUUUUGAAAACGUCGAUGUCCUAUUUCACGAUGCUGCGGUCCUUUCAUUGACAGUCUCAGGACGUGUGCCCAGGCCAGCUU